AUGCAAUGGCACAUUCAGCUUACCUCAUUAAUCAGAUGCCUAGUAAGGUUCUCGCAAAUCAAUCCUUAUUUUCGGUUUAUGCAAAAAUUGCCUGAUAUCAGAUAUUUGCGUGUGUUUAGGAUUGCUGUUUAUCCAUGCUUAAGAGAGACCAAUUCUCAUAAAUUGCAACCUUGUACUGCUACUUGUGUGUACAUGGGAUAUCUUAUGGGCUAUAAGGGUGUUUUGUGCUAUAAUUGUACUACUCACAGAUUUUUCAUCUCUCACCAUGUCAUCCAUGAUGAGUCUGUUUAUCCUUUCAAGCAUCCCAACACUUUACACUCCAAUAUUAUGUCCUCUGCGUCUCUAUCUCUUUCCAGUAAUCUACCUUCCACUCUUGUCAUUUCAUCUGAGAACCUUGUUUCACAUGCCAAUCAUCCCUCCUCAUCUCCAUGUCGUAACGAGUUCUCUCCUGCUGUACCAUCGCAUCUCAUUUCUACAGAUGCCUCUUCUUCUUCAGUUCAGCCUCUGGCGGGUUCUUUUCCAGUUUCGUCAGAUCAGCAUAUGCCUCCUAUUGAUAUUGCCAAUUUUGGUUCUUCUUCUAGUCUAUUUUCUUCUCAUAACCUACAUCCAAUGACUACCAGGUCCAAAUCUGGUCUGUGUCAAAAGAAGUCUUUCGAGGAUUAUCAGUGUUUGACUUCUAUGCAUGAUUCUACUACUCUUGAUGAGCCUUCUACAUUUCGUGUGGCUUCUUUCUCUCCUGCCUAG